CUAGCCUAUUAAAAAGGAAAAACAAGACUCCUCCCUAAUCUCUUUUUUUGUGUGCUCAAUACGUGGGAGAGAAAAAGAAAAGGAAAGGAAAAAACUUUUCUUUAUUCUUAGAUAGAGCUCUUGGUUUCCGGUCAUGUUCUAGCGAUCCUCUAUUCAGGGUUUAUGGUCGCCAAUGUUCCUACACUGUUCUUGUUCGUUGGUGUGUGGUUGGCCCGUACUAUCACCACACACGAUAGCGGUUUUAUCAUGGAAGGAGAGUGCCCACAUUUUUUCAUGACGGUAGGCAUACAAGUACUGCUACCUUAAGGAUAGCUCCGACAAUUCCGUUGUUCUUCCACGGUGUUUUGAUUUUUGCAGGUUUAGUUCAUAGCGACCUCACUGCAUUCUGCCCCAGGUCGUAAUGUUCUCAUUGGUGUUCUGGUUCUAGCCAUAAUGACCUCGCCACUACUCCAGUGAAAAUGAUACCUCGCACAGUGUCUCCAUCUCAGACUUGCUGCUUCAGCCAGUGCAGAAUGUCUUUGCAGUCCAGUGCAUAAUAUCUACGUAUAACAAGGACAUUUGAAGAUCUAGAAAGUUAUUUCCUGUUUUUUGUUUAUUUUGUAAUAUUCUGAAUAAAUUAUAAAUUCAGAAUAUAUUGAAUACUUUUUCGGCGUCGUUCAUUUUCCUCGUCCGUUGUAAUCCGUACGUAAUUUGUAACACAAAUAAGAACAUAUUCCCCCCACCCCACCCCACCCCACCCUAUCUCCCUGUCCUAUAAAAACAUCAUCUUUUUCCCCGAACUCCCCACUCUGUUCCUAAAAAUCUUGAAGACCCAAUUUUUGUUCUUGAGGAGACCCAUCAUAAAAAAAUGGGUUCUUUGUGUAUUGUUACCAAAAAGAUUGCUUUUUUGCUCUUUCUUUGUGUUUUUCUGGCAGAUAUUGUUACCCUAUGCCUCUCUUCCAAGGUUUAUGUUGUGUACAUGGGGAGCAAAAGGGGAGAGGAAGAACAAGAAGGGAUCUUGAAGAAACAUCACUAUAUGCUAACUUCUGUUCAUGGUGGAAGAGAUGAGGAAGCCAAGGCAUCUCAUGUGUACAGUUACAAACAUGGCUUUAAUGGCUUUGCUGCAAAGCUGACAAAGGAACAGGCCUUUGAAAUUGCCAAAAUGGAAGGAGUUGUAUCAGUGUUCCCCAAUGCCAAGAGGACACUCCACACAACUCAUUCUUGGGACUUUAUGGGGCUUAAUGGUGAGAAAGAAACCAUGGAAGUUACUGGCUUUUCCACCAAGUACCAAGACAAUGUCAUCAUUGGCUUCAUUGAUUCAGGGAUUUGGCCUGAAUCUCCGAGUUUUAGUGAUGGUGACAUGGCACCGGUGCCAGAUAGAUGGAAGGGCCAUUGCCAACCCGGUGAAGCUUUCAAUGCUUCUACAUGCAACAGGAAAAUCAUAGGAGCAAGAUAUUACACGAGUGGCUAUGAAGCCGAAGAAGAAGAUGAUGAAGAUGUUGAUAAGGCCGUGCCGGCAUUCAGGUCAGCGCGGGACAGCUCCGGUCACGGAACCCACACGGCCUCGACAGCCGCCGGCCGUCACGUCCGGAACGCGAGCUACAGAGGCUCUCUGGGAUCCGGAGAGGCCAGAGGCGGCGCCUCCUUAUCUAGGAUAGCGGUUUACAAGGCGUGCUGGGUUUCCGGCUGCUACGACGCCGAUCUGUUAGCGGCGUUCGAUGACGCCAUCAGAGACGGAGUUGACGUCGUGUCGCUGUCCCUGGGGCCGGACGCCCCCCAGUCGGAGUAUUUCAGCGACGCCAUAUCUGUUGGAUCCUUCCACGCCGCAAGCCAUGGAAUUGCGGUGGUCGCUUCCGCCGGCAACCAAGGGACCGAUGGCUCGGCGAUCAAUCUCGCUCCUUGGAUCCUCACCGUCGCCGCGAGCUCCACCGAUAGGGAAUUCACUUCUGACAUCUUGUUCGCAAACGGCGUCAAUUUCACGGGUGUAAGCCUAAGCACAGAUGAAAUGGCUAACUUCGCAAGAAUCAUACCUGCAUCGAAGGCAUUCAAUGGCUACUUCACUCCAUACCAAUCCAGUUACUGUCUGGAGAGCUCUUUGAACAGAACUAAGGUGAGGGGGAAGGUUCUUGUGUGUCGACAUGCUGAAAGCUCGACCGAGUCCAAGAUUGCGAAGAGCGUGGUGGUUAAGGAAGCGGGUGGGGUCGGGAUGAUUCUGAUUGAUGAUGCAGAUCAAGAUGUUGCCGUUCCCUUUGUCAUCCCCGCUGCAGUUGUUGGGAAACAAACAGGAGAAGAAAUACUUUCUUAUAUUAACAGAACCAGCUUGCCCAUGUCAAGAAUUCUAUCAGCUAAGACGGUAUUGGGCACUCGGCCUUCUCCUCGUGUGACUGCCUUUUCUUCAAAAGGUCCUAAUUCUGUGACCCCGGCAAUCUUGAAGCCAGACAUCGCGGCACCCGGUCUGAAUAUUCUGGCAGCAUGGUCGCCGGCAGCUGCAAAUGUGAACUUUAAUGUCAUCUCAGGAACUUCCAUGGCUUGCCCUCAUGUAACUGGGAUUGUAGCAUUGAUAAAAUCUGUCCAUCCAUCAUGGUCUCCCUCUGCAAUCAAAUCUGCCAUUAUGACCACCGCUUCAGUUCUGAACAAGCUUCAAAAGCCAAUCUCUGUUGAUCCUAAUGGAAGACGGGCAGACGCGUUCGACUACGGUGCGGGUUUCAUUAACCCAACCAGAGUCCUUAACCCCGGGUUAGUGUACGACGCCCAACCAACAGAUUACAAAGCAUUCCUUUGCUCAAUUGGUUAUGAUGAGAAGUCCCUCCACUUGAUCACCGGAGACAACUCCACUUGUGACCAAACACUCCCUUCGCCGUCUGCCCUUAACUAUCCCUCCGUUACGGUCCCAUCCCUUAACGGCGAGGUUUGGGUCACUAGAACAGUGACCAAUGUGGGCAAGCCAGUGAAUGUGUACAAGGCGUCCGUGUCCCCUCCCAAGGGAGUCAAUGUGACCGUGGUGCCCAGACGACUCGUGUUUGAUCACUAUGGUCAGAAGCUCAACUUCACCUUAGAGUUUAAGGUGGUUGGCCCUGCACAAGGGUAUGCUUUUGGGUCAUUGUCAUGGAGGAGCAAGGAGAAUUGGGUUACUUCCCCUCUGGUUGUGGGAGUGACAGGUUCCGAGAGAUUAGGUCUUAAGGUGUGAUAUAAAACUGUAGGAGAUAAUACUAGAUGCAUUGUUAUUUAUUGGAAAAAAAAAACUGAAGUUUGAGAAAUGUAAAUUAUUGAAUUUCUACGUCUUGUGCAAGACAAUCCUCCUAAGGGUGUUCAUUGGUUCAAUUAAUUGGUUGAUUUUUCCCAAAAAAGAAAAGAAUAUGGAAUGG